AUGGAGAAGGAGAAGGAGAGGCAGGUGAAAAAGGAGGAGAGACAGGUGGAGAAGGAGGAAAGGCAGAUGGAGAAGGAGGAGAGGCAGAAGGAGAAGGAGAUGGAGAGGCAGGUGGAGAAGGAGGAGGAGAGGAAGGUGAAAAAGGAGGAGAGACAGAUGGAGAAGGAGGAGACGAGGCAGGUGAAGAAGGAGGAGACGCAGGUCAUUAGAGGGAAGCUGCCUGGCAGCAGAGAGGAGCUGAGGGAGAAUCCUGGAUUUGGUAGAUAA